UGUCACGUUUUAAGUAAAACAAUUUGUAAGUGAAAUUUGUACUUUUUAAAUCUAUUUCCUUAAAAUAUGCUCCUAUCAUCCUGAAAAAGUCACUUGUAAAUUAUUUUUCUCUCACUUUAAUGCCAUUUGUAAUAAAACUAGUUUGUUGAUGUUGUUCCGCAGUUUCUCCUGCAGGGGGCUCCGUAGUUCUCCCCACGUUGCGUGGAAAUGUUCUCCAACUUGUUCACGGGCUGUGAAAACUUUGAUGACGCGCUGAAACGUCACCUCCGUGCGUUCUGUUUGUGUUUUGCCUACGUGUUCAUUUCCUGUUUGGCACGUUUUUCCAGGUGCGUCGACCUGCGAUCCUCCAGGUGAGCGGUUCUGGUCUCGGACUCUGUGAUCUCUGUGUGGAGGGUGUGGACCGGGCCGGAGUGACUGCAGACAUGAGGAGGAACAGCUCGCAGUCUUAGGCGGAACUCCACUUCUUCUUUUUCUUCUCCGAUUUCCAAGAAAACCAGGUGAGCGAGGAAGGGAUCGGAACCGGGACGGUCCAGAAUUGGUCAUCAGAUGGGCCUGCGGUUCUAAUGUUGCUCUUCAGGCUGUGGGAAGUCCACGACGUCGCGCUGCUGCUCAGCAUCAUGCUGCACCUGUUCCACUCAGCAGGAUCGAUCUCCGUCAGCUCCUCCCAGAGGAACCUGAUCCGGUCGGUGCAGGACGAUGUCUUCUUCUCGGUGGAGGUGACGUCCUCCGCCGUCCCCACCAUCCGAUGGAGCUUCAUGUCCGGGGCGGUGAGCCGCUCCAUCGGCGCCUGGCGGCCCGGCGGCUUCGCCAACGUCUCCCAGGAGUACAGCCACCGGGUGACGGCCUGCGACAACGGCUCCCUGCUGCUGUCCGACCUGAGGCUGCAGGACACCGGGUACUACGUGGUGACGGCCGAGGACCCGGCCGGGAACAGCCGCGACCUCGGCUUCGUCCUCAAAGUGAACGAGGUUCUGUACGAGGAUCUGCAGUACCUGUCGGUCACGGCGCUGGCGCUGAUGGUGGCGGCGGCUCUGCUCAUGGGGGCCAUGUGGCUGCUGCACCAGGGCAGCAGGAAGCUGGGGGCGUGGCGACGCCAGCGCCAGAUGCCAGUAAACGAUGCGACGGAGCUGCAGCGUCUGUGACGGAGCUGCAGCGUCUGCGACGGAGCUGCAGCGUCUGCGACGGAGCUGCAGCGUCUGCGACCAAAACAUAAACUCCUGCGGAGUCCAUCCUGCCUAUGAAGCCCGGAUCCACAUUUUAAAAUCAUUUUCACAUUCUGAACUGUAAAUAUACCAGACUUCCCUUAUUUAUUGUCGAAUUAAACCAACCGUUUGAGUUUA